CGCGCAGGCGUAAGAGUGAGUGCGCAGACGCCAUUGGUAGGACUCACGGAAAAGGGAAAGGGAGGGGAUGGAGCCCCUGGGAGCUCAGACGUGCUGGGGCUGUGGACUGGGAGCCGCUAGAACGUUCUCAGGGCUGCACAUCCUGCAUAUUUGAGGCUCCGUGGAGAUGCCCAGCCGAGGUGCGCGACCCGAGGACGGCUCCGGGCUGGUCCCUACCGACAACUCGACCCAGCACAAGGAAGAUCUCAGCAACAAGAUCAAAGAACAAAAAAUUGUUGUGGAUGAACUUUCUAACCUGAAGAAGAACAGGAAAGUAUAUAGGCAGCAACAGAACAGCGACAUAUUCUUUCUUGCAGACCGAACAGAAAUGCUUUCUGAAAGCAAAAAUAUAUUGGAUGAGCUGAGGAAAGAAUACCAAGAAAUAGAAAACUCAGAGAAGACCAAAAUCAAGAAAUAGUCAACUUGAUUUUACA